AUGGCAAUUGCAACGACAAAAACUGCAUUAACAACAAUAAUGAAUUGGAUGACAUUCACGGAUGACUCGAAGGAACAACUAAAAAUUGUCGAGGGACGUCUGUUUCAGUCUUGCGAAGUAUCAUACGAAGCCAAAUAUGUCCCGGUCAGAUUCAAAAGAGGCGAAGUGUACACGGUGACAGUGAGGCCCAGAGAAGCUGAAAACCUAAACGGCGAAGCAAUAGUUUUCAUUCCUGGAUUGGGCGCUGGUGUUGCAAUGUUCACGGCAAAUUUCAACAGCUGCGCCAAAAAUCAUGCUGUGCAUUCAUUUGAUCCACUAGGUUUCGGAAGAUCAUCGCGAUCGAGGUUCAGUGACGACAAUGCCAUCGCCGAGUUGGAAAUGGUUGAAGUGAUGGAAGACUGGCGAAAAGCCAUGGGAAUUGAGAAAAUGUACAUUAUAGGACACGCAUUUGGAGGAUAUUUGGCGAGUGCUUAUGCUCUCGAGAAUCCAUCAAGAGUUGCUCAUCUGAUUCUAGUAGAUCCAUGGGGAUUCGCUGAAAAAGUUGAAACAACUGAGAAACUGAAUACAUGGCUUCAGAUUAAACCUUAUGCUUGGAUGUCCUUCCUUGGAGGAGUUGCCGGAUACUUCAAUCCAUUCUCGCCGAUGCGAUGGAUGGGGCCAUAUGCGCCGGCAAUUGUCAAAAAGUUGCGUCCAGAUCUUUUACUCCGAUUCCCCGGACUUCAUGACUAUGAUAUUUACAAAUAUGUGUAUUAUCUGAAUCUUCCCAAUCCAACUGGAGAAACUGCUUUCAUGAAUAUGACAUUGCCAGUCGGUUGGGCAAAAAGACCAAUGAUCAAAAGAUUCAAUGGAAUUGAUAAAAACGUAGGCGUUUCGUUUAUCUACGGCAGCAAGAGUUGGAUUGAUCCAGGACCGGCAAUCGAUAUUCAAUCAACUCGAGAGAAUGCAUAUGUGGAUAUUAAGAUUGUCAGAGGUGCUGGAACUCAUGUCUAUGCAGAUGAUCCGGCAGCUUUCAAUGAAAUUGUAUCGGAUGUUGUAGAAGGACGGCUUUCGAAUCCUUCAAAUGAUUUCGAGAUUGAGGAGUGUUGUCAUUCGGAUUAAGCAGCAUCAAUCUUCUUUAAUGUAUUGUAUAUAAGCUAACUUUUUUUUUAGAAACUUCAUAGUUUUCUCUAAUCUUGUCUAGUUCGAGACAAAAUUAAGUGCCUUUUAUUUGUAUCUUUCAUGUUUGAUCAAAUUUGUACAUUUUCUGUGAAAUUGCCUCUUACUUCUCCAGUCAGCCAUAAAUGUUUUAACAAUCCGUCAUUCUUAUUAACUCACAGACCCUAUU